AUGAAAUCUCUUCUACUUGCAUCAUUUAUUCUACCUUGUAUUCUGGCACAGUAUGCGCAGCCCUCGUUCCCAUCUACAGGUGGCGGAGGAGGUUAUAGACCCCCACAGCCCCCACCAGCAUAUCAACCACAGAGCGCACCAGCCCAAGCUCCACAAGCCCAACAAUGUUCCUGCCCCGUAGCAACAUGCAUAACUCCUCCGCCAUGCCAAGCCUGUCCAGCGCCACCUCCACCAACAGUCUGCCCACCGAUGCCUCCACCUACAGUUUGUGCUCCACCAGCAGCUGCACCUCCUCCUCCUCCUCCACCUCCUCCUCCUCCACCUCCAGCUCAACCUGUAGCUCCACCUGUAGCUCCACCUGUUUAUUCUCCACCCCAACCAGUUUUGAGUCCAGCUCCUAUGCCUCAGCAAGAUGUAUAUCCAUCACCUAAAACAUAUGAAGAUCAGAGAAGAAGAAAGUUCUUCCGUAGAUCAAGAGUGGCUAGAGACACUGGUCAUGCUGUCGUUCAUCUAGUUAAUAAAUGUAACGACGAUACUCUGAGACUUCUGAUGCAUCAGAGUAUCUCAUCAAAUAUCGUUUCUUCAAAGGUUGCGAUAGCAGAACGUGCUGCACGUGAAAUAGGAGGAGUCUUCGAUGUAAUAUGUACAAAUGGAAUUUUCUCUUAUUAUGCAGCAGCAAAAGUAUUUUGCGAAGUAACACACGAAGAUGUGAGCUGUUUUGCGUUUAGACAUGAUACGAUCGAUCCAUCUGAGUCUCUUCUCUCAGCCUCAUCCAAAAAUCAAGAAUCAACACUGAGGGAUUUAGCUGAACUAGAUGAUGAUAUGAGUCCACGACAUGGAAAGAGAUUCAAACUACAUGCAGUCACAGAAGAAGCAUCAUCGUUCGAGCAAGAAGAGAAACGUUUCUGGAAAACCAUGGAGAUCUUACACGAAAGGAAAAAUCAAAAUAAAACCACCACAGCGGCACCUUUGCGAACGACAACGCCGAAGCUAAAACAAGCGAGACCGACGCAAUCUCCAGAUGGUGUGAUAGAUGUUCAUACCCAGAACAUCAGAGAAGAAACAUUCCAAGAGUUGUUGCGUGAGCUUAAUGACAACAACAACGAUGGCUCUACGGCAUAG